AGUUGCCGGACAUGGCAUUCCCUCGAAUUCUUAAUUGGCAUUUUUCACAAGUGCCAAGAUUUGAGAAGGCCACUGAACUCUUCGAUCAUCGUGAUUAUCCCGUUCAUGGCUUAAUGAAUGUGACUGAAGUUGAGCAUGCAUAUAUCGGCAACUUGGCAUUGGAUGUACAUCAUGACAGUACUCCAUACAAUGUUGCACCUGCUGUUCGAGACAAGCCACCACAGGCAAGUCAUGAUGAAAAAGAUGAAGGUAUUCCACUUACAAGAAGUGGAAUAAGUAAGAAACGGAAAGAGGCGUCUGUGGAAAUUAUGGAAAAAGGAGGGAGGCGGCGAAUGGGACAUAAGCCGACAGACCAGCCUUCUUCAUCGACUGCAGGAGUUGCUGCUCAUGUUCAUGUUGAACCAUCGACUCCAUCCCAACCUCCAACGACUCCAUCCCAACCUCCAACGACUCUAUCCCAUGAUGAGGUACCUUUGAGAGAGAGAUUAACAAUCCUUGAAGGCGAAGUGGUUAGUGUACGGCAAGACGUUAAGGAUUUACGAAUCGCCAUGCUUAGAGAGUUUGCAAGUUUGGACACCAAGCUUGAUAAGUUAAUGAAGCACCAAGGAGUGGGAGUUAGUGCUGACGGGUUGGGAGAUGGGAUGGACGUUCAAGGGGAUGAAAAUAAAGAAGAGUAUGGUCCCGAUGCGACCCCCGUUGAUAGACAGUCACAGCCAUAUGUUGACGACGAUGCAGGACCAAGUGUUACGAUUAUUGAGAAAGUGUCUCCAUCAAAGUUUCCUGCCGGGAGACGUGCAAGAAAGGUAGCAGCUGCUAAGCAAAACAUAGAUAUUGGGAGGAGGGAUAGGAAGGCGGCAGCAGCUAUUACAACUCCUUAUAGUGUCGGGGGCUUUUCGACCCAGUACCUACGAGACUUGUAA